CCCCCCUUCGCGUCCUUCCCUAGUCACGUUAUGCCCUAGGCUAGGGCGCCGUCGCCGCCAUCUCCACCGCACCAGUGGUGCGGCACCACCUCUCGCUUCCAAUCCCAUGGAGCCGCCGUCGCCGUCGUGUUUCUCGAAGAGGCCGUCGUCCAAGGACAUCGCCGGCGACUGAGCCAAGCCUUGCGAAGAUGACUCCUCUGCUCUCUCCCCUAUCCUGCCGACGCCCUCUUUAGCUCCUGCUCCUCCGCCGCCGUCAAAGGGGAUAGCCGGGGACCAAGCCGAGCCCUGCGUGGCUGCUCCCUCCCCGAUCCCGGUGAUGGCCUCUUCGGCCCCUGCUCCCGCGCCUCCUCCUAUUCUACCCCAAGGUAUGCAAAAUCCCCCCUCCUCCUAUUCUACCCCAAGGGGCCAGGCAUGUCUUCUUCAAUUGCUUGAUGUGAAUCAGGUACACUAGUUGUGAUCCAUGUUUUGUUGUGCAUCAGCUAUACUGAAUGUGAGUAGCCUGUUAGAUAUUACUAUUAUGUGUGGAUGUGAGUAGCUUGCUGAGGCAGCUAUACUGAAUGUGCAUCAGCUAUACUGAAUGUGCAUCAGCUACCCCAAGGGAAGCCAUGGAGCAGGAACAACAUGUGUGGAAUGCUAUCGAUGAGGAACGGAAAUUAGAAAGGCAGAAGGGAAAACGAAGGCAUAAGGAGAGAAAGAAAAGCCUGGAAGAGAAGAGGAACGAGAAGAGAGAAGAGAAGAGGAAGAAGCAAGAGAAGAAGAGGAAAAACCAGGAGGAGGAGGAGGAGUUGCAGGGGAAGAGGAAACAUGCUCGUUCAAUGAACUGUUUUGAAUUUGAUCAAGGAGCUACAACAGAGGGGCUACAGAGACGAGAUUCUCCACCUAUGACACAUAGUCAAAGAGCGACAAGAUCACCAUUGGUAAGGUCACCGGUGGCGAGCACGUGGAGAUCUUCCCUUGGUCUUCUAGCAAGAGUUGCAGCCUCAAAAAGGGGCAGGUCUCCCUCAACGAGGAUUGCAAGUUCCCCAUUGGAGGAGAGGGCAAAUUCGUCCGCGAGAUCACCAUCUAUCUUAGGAUCCCCUUCUCCAGUGACUACUCCAUUUGGAGGCUCAAAAAUUAAUCAUCCACAUGUCCGCAAGACAAGAAGGCUAACUUCUGCUGUUUGGAGGGAUUUCAAACCAAUUUAUCGUCAUAAGAUACUUGUCAAAGCUCAGUGCAAGCACUGUCAUGAAGUGUUUCAAGCUGGACGAGAUGUUGGCACAAGUGGUGUAAGAAGACACUUGGCUGCUUGUGAAAAAAGGUCAGAUUUACACCUCUACGUUGAGAAGAUGAAGUCCUCGGUUUCAUCUCCUGAUGCCUCUAUGCUUAAGCAAUGGAACUUUGAUCAAGAAACAUCUAGAGAUUUGCUUGCCAGAAUGAUAGUAAUGCAUGAGUUGCCUUUCUCAAUAGUUGAGUAUAGUGGUUUUAGAGACUUCGUGAAAAGUUUGAAUCCCUUGUUCAAAAAUGUUUCUAGAAAUACUAUUAAAGAUGAGUGCAUGAAACACUAUAAUUUGGAGAGGUCGGCGUUCUCUGGACAUUUGAAGAAAUACAGUGGUAGAGCUUCUUUAACAGCGGACAUGUGGACAUCUAAUCAGACUUUGUCCUAUCUAUACAUCACUUGCCAUUUGAUCAACAGCAAGUGGAUUUUGCAAAAGAGGAUCUUCAGAUUUUUUAUGGUGGAGACUCCACAUAACGGAGUAACAAUGUUUAAUGUCUUAUUAAAGAGUUUGCAGGAGUGUAAUAUUGAGGACAAACUCUUUAGUAUGACAUUGGAUAAUGCAUCAGUUAAUGGUACAAUGGUCAAUAAUCUUAGAAAAAAUCUGAACAGCAAGCAUAUGUUGCCUAUUAAAGGUCAAUUACUUCAUAUCCGUUGUGCAUGCCAUGUGAUAAAUUUGAUUGUCCAAGAUGGGUUGACAACGAUGAAAGGUGUGAUAGAUGAUAUCAGAGAGAGUGUGAAGUACAUUAAGAGUUCUCCCUCUCGGUUGGACAAGUUCAAAGAAGUAGUUGCGCAAGUUGGUAUCUCUUGCAAACUCCCCUCGGCUGAUGUGCUAACACAUUGGAACUCCACCUAUAUUAUGUUGGAGUCAGCGCUCCCCUUUCGAAGAGCCUUUCGUGCUUUGGUGCAAAAGGACCCGGAUUAUGUGUUUUGCCCAUCCUUAGGAGAGUGGAAAAAUGCUGAUACAGUUUGUGCUAUGUUAAAAGUUUUUCACACAGCCACAAAUGUACUUUUUGGUUCAAGUUAUUCUACCUCAAAUUUGUACUUUCAUCAAAUCUGGAAUGUGAGGUUAUUGCUGCAGAAGGAAGCUUCAACAAAGGAUGAAGUCGUUCAAGCAAUGGUUGGAGAGAUGCAAAUUUUUUUUGAUAAUUAUUGAAUGGAAUCAUAUUUGCCAAACUGUAUUCCUGUGAUCCUUGAUCCACGAUUUAAACUUUGCUUCAUCGAGUUUCGACUAAAACAAGCUUUUGGUCCAGAUGUAGAAAGACACUUGCUUGCAGUGAAAGAAGUUCUUGACAACCUUUUCGAAGAAUAUUCUUCACAAAUGACGGAUGCAUUGGAUGAGUCAGCACCGCGACAAAAUUUUGAUGAGGUUGUGAAUGAAGAGAAUGAUCCGUUGGCGGAUUGGGACCAACACUCGAAUAAGAAGCAACGCCAAACUGCUAGUGAGCUUGCCAGAUACUUAGAAGAAGACACAUUCACUCGCACGGAGGAUUUCAACAUUCUUCAAUGGUGGCAUCUUCACUCGUCUAAGUAUCCCGUCCUUUCUUGUAUAGCUCGUGAUGUUCUUGCUGUACAAGCUUCCGUCGUAUCGUCAGAGUCGGCUUUCAGUACCGGAAAGCGUUUGAUCAGCGAUUACAGAAGUAGAUUGUGCAGCGAGACAGUGGAAGCCUUAAUCUACCUUCAAGAUUGGUUUAGAUGUAAUGAUAAGCAUGCCAAUGCUCCUGAUCAAGGUCACUACUAUUAACUGAGGUUGAGAUGUUUCUGGAGAAAAAAUCAAUUGAGUCGACCGAAGAUGAGGCCAGUUCUAGGACCAUUCUGAUUCCGAUUAAUCAAGUGAAAGACCAGUGAGCAUAGCUUGGUGUACAAAGGUCGCCCGACACAAAGCUGAUAGAAGAAUGGAAGAUGCUCUUAGCUGAUAGUUUUAUCAUUUGGUGCCGUUUUGAGUCUAGGACUCUAGAUGCUUUCUGUUAAUUUUGGAAUAUGGAGGAUGGGGAGUGUGUUGCAUAUUCCUUUUUGUUCACAUGCAGGAGAUAUUUCUGCUGCUUUGAUAGGCGUUUUUAGUUAAGUUGCCGCUGCUUUGUGGAUUUUGUUAUUCUAGAGGCGACUACUAAAUGAAGCUCGAACUCACUAGUGAUAAUUAGUAGCGAUCGUUAUGUCA